AUGCGCACAUACCUGACCAGCAGCCUGCUGGCGGCCAGUUGGGCAUUCAAUGCCCUGGCGCAUACUGAGCCUGGCCACCACCGCCCCCAGGAAUACGACUACAUCGUAGUCGGCGGUGGUCCGUCUGGCAUCAUCACGGCCGAACGACUCGCGGAAGCGAACAAGUCGGUCAUCCUGCUCGAGCGAGGCUACGGCCCGACAGUCGCGACGGGCUCCAACCAUACGCUCCCCUGGAAUAACACCCUCACGCCGAUCGUCGUGCCCGGCCUGUCCUUCGACAUUGGCAACAUGGACCUCUGGAACGACUACAUCUGCUCCGACACGGGCGGCACAGCCGCCUGCGUGCUUGGCGGCGGCGUCACCGUCAACUACAUGGUGUUCGUGCAUCCGCCCGCGCGCGACUUUGACGACAAAUGGCCGCAGGGCUGGAAGUGGCGCGACGUCCAGCCCGCAGCGGAGCGGCUCUACGCCCGCAACCCGGGCUCUCUGCUGCCCUCGGCGGACGGAAAGUACUACGACCAGGGCCUGUACAACACCCUCUCGCGCUUUUUCUCCAGGCUGGGCUGGAAGUCCGUUGACAUGAUCGCCCAGCCGGACGAGAAGCACGACGUCUACAGCUAUCCCGCGUGGAACAUCAAGGACCAGCGGCGCGCCGGCCCCGUGCGCACCUACCUGCCGCUCGCGCAGCAGCGCAAGAACUUCGUCCUGCGCACGGGCACCAAGGCCACCCGGCUGAUCCGCGCGGGCAGCACGGUGCGCGGCGUCGAGGUCGAGACUGACCGCGCCGGGAGGGAGGUGAUCCCUCUUGCGCCGCGCGGCCGCGUGGUCCUCGCGGCGGGCGCCCUGUCCACGCCGCGCAUCCUCUUCAACUCGGGCAUCGGGCCGAGUGCGCAGAUCGAAACCGCCCGCCGCAGUGGCGUCGUCCUCCCUCCGCGCCGCGAGUGGAUUGACCUCCCCGUCGGCGUUGGGCUGAAGGAUCAUCCCAUAUUCUCCAUCGAGGUCAAAACUAACGGCACGUUUGCGCCGCUGGACGCGCAGGCCAUCUUGAAUGGUAGCGCCGUCCGCGACAUUCAACUGUAUGAGGAUGCCGGCUCGGGCGUGCUGACCGAGGGCAAGCACCGGAUGAUCUUCUUUACGUCCCGCAUGGCCAGCGACAACCAGACGCGCUACUACCAGGGAUCGUGUGCGCCCACCGGUGAAGGCGUCUUCACGAUCACCGCGUACAUGACGCACGGUAUCACCUCGUCUGGUGUGCUAGGGCUGGACGCUAAGCAGAACACAGUCAUUGAGAAGUCGCCCUACCUCCAGACGCCGGCGGAUCGAGAGGCUGCGCGGGAUUUCAUCGAGCAGAUGGUCGGCGAUAUCACUGCCCCUGGAACCGGCUUUGAACUCCAGACAUAUACCAACACCAGUGCCAUUCUGGAUUCCUUGACCAGUGGGAUUCACUGGACGAGCACGACGAAGAUGGGUUCUGACGAUGGUCGUCUGAACGGCACCUCUGUGGUUGAUACGAACACUAAGGUCUAUGGCAUGGAUAACCUGUAUAUCGUCGAUGGGGGCAUCCACCCCGACCUCCCCACGGGCAACAUUCAAGCUGCGAUCAUGAUUGUUGCUGAGGCCGCAGUCAAGAAGAUUUUGGAACAGGAGUAG